AUGCCCGAGGUUGCCGACCCCGUCGCCGGCACGCAACUCCAGCAUGUGCGGCUGCCGGCAGCCGAAGUCAUGAAGCAGUGGCGCGCCGCCGGCUCGCCGAAGGACAAGGUCGCGGAGAUCAACAUGACCACGGUCUUCUCGGCGACGCGGCGGAGCAACCAGUUCGUGAUCCCGAUCACGAUGCGGUUCCCCGUCGAGGGCGACGUCGGCCUCUCGCAGCCCAUCGAGAACAGCGCGCAGGCGAUCACGGGCGUCCUGAUGUACACGGCGGUGCUCGGCCCCGACGCGGACAUCCCGACGGGUUUCCUCAGCGGCUACCAGUACGCCGGCUUCAAGAGCGGCGCGGUGCUCGUCGACGACGGCUCCUUCGUCUUCGACACGCAGGGCCACGACUUCGUCCAGCCCGUGACGCCCGUGUCGCGGGGCGCGGGCACGUUCUUCGACGUCGACUCGGGCGAGCUCCCGGGCGUGACCUGCGGCGCCGUCGGCGUCUACUGCUGCGCGGCCUACGGCCCCAACGGCACCGUCGCGGCCGAGAACAGCACGACGCCCUGCUCCACGCUCGUGCGCGACGCGGUCUACGGCCUCGUCUACCGCCGCACCAUCGCCAUGCGCGUCGAGGAGCGCACGCCCAUGGAGGUCGAGAGCACUGGCACCGAGGCGCUCCCGGAGCAUGCGGAGACGCAGCGGCCGCCGCGGCGGCCGUCCCCGAUCAGCCUCGCGCGGCAGCCCUCGGCGCAGUGGGAUUCCAAGGAGGAGGGGGCGAGCGGGGCGCGGCGGGAUUCGAAGGAGUCGCCGGCGAGCGCGGAGCGGCGGGAUUCGAAGGAGUCGCCGGCGAGCGGGACGCCGCAGCGGCGGCUGUCGGCCGCGAUCAAGCGCAAGUUGACCCCGGCGCCGCAGCGGAACUACGACUUCUUCGACGUCGACGACGAGUACAUGCGGCUCGAGGAGGAGGGCACCAUUUCCGAGCGCGCGCCGUUCCCGGCGCAGGACGAAACGCGCUGCCCCGUGUUCAACCCGAACGCGAACUGGCGCCUCGGCUGGGACGGCUACAUGCUCGUGCUGGUGACGUUCGUCUUCUUCGUGACGCUGUUCGAGAUCGCCUUCGUGAACAGGGGCGAGUACUGGGACGGCUUGUGGACCAUGAACCGGCUCGUGGAUCUGAGCUUCUUCGGGGACAUGGUGCUCACGUUCAACACGGGCUACUACAACUGGCGCGAGAACCGGUGGUACAUCGAGCGGAGCCAGAUCGCGGCCCACUACCUGCGCUUCUGGUUCUGGCUCGACGCCGUGAGCUUGAUGUACCGGGACCGGCUGCCGCUGCCGAGCCAGGUCGCGAUCCUCCGGCUCAUUCGCCUGAUCCGCCUCGUGCGGCUCAUACGAAUCGCCAAGGCGCCGCGGAUCAUCGAGCGGUGGAACCGCUACAUGACGCUGUCGUUCAAGAUGCAAGUCACCCUGCACCUCGAGGCGUGCCUCAUUCGCCUCGCCCACGGCGUCGAGAGGGGCGACCGGAGGAACCAGGACACGAACAGCUACCUGCGGUGGUGGGUCAUCGAAUGGCGCGGCGCGAACUUCAACGACAACUGGGCGCUCUACGUCGACUGCCUCGACUGGGCCGCGAAGACCAUGCUCGGCGAGUCGGCCUACCAGACGACGGGCGAGGGCUUGCUGAGCGUGUCGUGCAACGUCAUCGGCGUCGCGUUCGUCGCGUUCCUCUUCGGCGACCUCACGAACAUUCUAUGUAAUCUGGACCCGGCGUCGAACGAGUUCAAGCAGACCGUGGACAACCUGAACAAGUUCAUGGCCGACAAGCGGUUCCCGCUGGCCGCGCGCGUCCCGCUGCGCGAGUAUUUGUUACAUUCCGAGGCGCUCUUCAAGAACAAGUUCCACGCGCGGCUCAUCGACAAGCUGAGCCCGAACCUGCAGGAGCUCGUGGCCCACCUCCAGCUCGGCCACAAGGUGGUCCGCGUGACCUUCUUCUCCUACGCGCGGCAGUGCACGCUCGGCAUCGUCGUCGGGCGGCGGCUCAAGAUCCGCGCGGUCGACGGCGGCGGCGACGACGGCGGCGAGCGGCGCGACGCGACGAUCGUCGGCCUUUUAGGGGACAUGCGCUACGACGUGCGCUACGACGACGGGUCCGUCGAGCACGGCGUCGCGCACGCGCGCAUCUCCGUGCAGGACGAGGAGGUCGCGAUCCAGAAGGCCGUCUCGGCCAUGGAGAUCGCGACGAAGCUGCUCGUCACCCAGAUCGCGCACGCGAUGGAGAUGGCCAUGUUCAUGGCCGGCGACUACAUCGUGCGCCACUCCGUGUCCUUCUGCGACACCAUGUACCUCGUCGACGCGGGCAAGGUCAUGACCUUUGGCCGCGAGGUCACGGCGCCCUUCGCGCUGUCCGUCGUCGAGGACGGCGACUCCUUCGGCGACAAGGAGAUCGCGACGCUCGUCGCGGGCCACGGCGCGCGCGCGGCCUGGUUCAACGCGCGCGCGACGCGCAUGUCCUACUGCUACGUGCUCGGCGGCCGCGUCUUCGUGAAGCUCAUCAACCGGCCGGGCUUCGAGAACUUUCUGAAGUCCAUCUCCCGCUACGGCACGUGGUACAACUUCAAGCUCAACGUCGUCAAGGCCAUGCGCUCCGGCGAGCUCGCGGCCGUCGCGAAGCUCGCGCGGCCGCCGGCCGAGGCCGCGGCCGAGGAAAUCCGCCGCGGCGAGGCCGCGCGCGUCGAGGCCGCCGUCGGCGCCGUCGUGGGCAAGCUCGCGGACGCCAUGGCCGCGCGCUUCGACGACCUCCAGCGCAGCGUCGACGCGCGCUUCGCGGCCCUCGAGGCCAAGCUCGACGCCGCGGCCGCGCGCGUCCCCAGGGCGGGCGACGACGACGCCGCGCCCUCCGUCUAUUGUUCGCUCGACCUCGCUCGACGCGUGCUCUGCCUGCACGGGUCCGAGCAGACCGCGACCCUCUUCGCGCAGCGGCUGGCGCCCCUGGCGAAGCGCUGCGGCGACAACCUCGUCUUCGUCGACGCGCCGCACGCGCUGCCGCUGCGCGAGGGCCAGGCCGCGUCGCUCGGCUGGUGGCGCCGCGACGGGAGCGGCUUCGACGAGGGCCUCGACGUCGUCCGGCGCGCGUGGCGCGAGCUCGGGCCCUUCUCGGGCCUGCUCGGCUUCUCGUCGGGCGGCGCGCUCGCCGUCGCCGCCGCCGCGCGCGGGCUCCCGGGCCUCGAGGCCCUGCUCGUCGCCGGCGCGCCGCGGCGGCCGGAACUCGACGACGUCGGCGCCGCGCCGUGCGCCGCGCUCCUCGUCGCGGGCCGCGGCGACGCGCUCGUGCCGCCCGAGGACACGCUCGCACUCCUGCCCGGCGCGGAGCCCUACGUCCACGACAAGGGCCACUGCCUGCCCUGCCGGGCGCGCGACGUCGACGCGUACCUGGCCUUUUUCAACGCGGGCGCCGCCGCGCCGCCGCCGGCCGCCGAGCCGCCGACGCCGCUGCCGGCCGGUGCCACGCCGCUGCCCGCGUCGCCGCCGGCGCCGCCGGCGCCGGCCGUCGGGCCGCCGCCGCCGUCUCCGGCCGACGGGCCGCCGCUGCCGCGGCCGCCUCCGGCGACGUCCGCGCCGCCGGAGCCGCCUCAACCGCCGCGGCCGCCGCCGGAAGCGGUCGACGCGGCCACCGCUGAGGCGCGCGGGGAAGAGAUCGAGGCGCUCGCGGCGAUUUACGGGGACGACUUCGAGCGGUGCGGCGCCUGGGGCGCGAAGAUCCGCCUGGACAGCGAGCACUUCGCCGACGAUAUCUUUCUGACGGUAGCCAUGCUCGGCGCGUACCCGGCGGUCGGCGGCCGCCUGAAGUUCGGCGUCGAGUCCAUGCUGAGCCUCCUCGACCUCCCGACGCGCGUGUCGUCGGCCAUCGCGCGCGCGGCGGCCGCGGCCGUCGCCGACGACCUCGCGGCCGGCGAGCCCUGCGUGUUGGCGGCGGUGCAGGGCGCGAACGACUUCCUGGCCGCCGGCGACCCCCGCGACACCGCCGCCGCCGGCGACGACGCGGACGGCGCGACCGCGGACGACGACGCCUCGAGCGCCGGCGAGGAGGACGACGACGACGCCUCCGCCGCCGCGGGCGUCGACGCCGCGGUGACGUCCGCGGAGAUCGCGGACUACCGCGCGGCGGCGACGGCGGCGUUGCGGCGGCGGGCGCCCGCGGCGGCCGGCGCGCCGCCGUCGCGGCACCGCGGCGCCUGGGAGCUCGUCGUCGGCGUCGUCGGCAAGCCGUCGGCGGGCAAGUCGACGUUCUUCAACGCCGUGACGCGGUCGACGGGCGCGCUCGCGGCCAAGUGCGCGGCCUACCCCUUCACGACCAUCGACCCGAACGUCCGCGAGGGCCUCUUCGCCUGCGGGGACCGCGACCCGGCGCUGGGGCUGGGCCUCGAGCUCGCCCCCUGCCCGCCGCACGGCCGCGACGCGAAAGGCCGGCGCUUGCUGCCCGCGCUCCUGAAGGACGUCGCGGGCCUCGUGCCCGGCGCGAGCCGCGGCGAGGGCAAGGGCAACCGCUUCUUGAACGAUUUGGCGGACGCGGACGCGCUCGUCCACGUCGUCGACGCGUCCGCGGAGACGGACGCGUCGGGCGGCGCCGUCGACGCCGCGGACGCGCCCGAGGACGCGCUCGCGCGCGAGAUCGCGUGGAUCCGCGAGGAGCUCCACCGCUGGAUCGCGGGGAACGUCGCGCGCAAGUGGCACUCCGUCGUCCGCUUGGCGAAGCACCGGCGCGACUCGACGGCGGCGCUCGACCGGCUGCUGGGGCUGUUCACGGGCUACGCCGCGGCGCCGGUAGUGGUGCGCCGCGCCAUCGCCGUCGCGGGUUUAGACGAACGCGUCGCCGCGCUCGACGCCUGGGGGUCGUCGGAGCUCCACCGCCUCGUCGCCGCGUUCCUGGAGAUCCGCUUCCCGACGGUCGUGGUCCUGAACAAGUGCGACCGGCCGUCGGCGCGCGCGAACGUCGAACGCCUCGGGACGUCGGACGAUCUCGUGCCCUGCAGCGCGGCCGUCGAGGCGGGCCUCGUCGCCGCGCGCGCGCGCGGCGACGUGUCCUACGUCGACGGCGCGGCGGCCUUCGACGGCGCCGACGUUCCCGGCGCCGCGGCGCACCUCGCGGCCUGGGGCACGACGGGCGUCCUGGACGCCGUCUCCCGCGCGGUCGCGCUCGCGCGGCCCGCCUACGCGUACCCGGUCGCGGACCUCGACUCGCUCGCGGGCGCGCGGUCCGGCGGCCGCCUCGCCGACUGCGUCGUCCUCCGGCCCCACGCGACGGUCGAGGACGUCUUCACGGCGCUCAAGCGCCGGGGCCUCGGGGGCGACUUCGUCCGCGCGGACGUGAUCAGCGACGACGGCGCGAAGCGGCGCCAGGCCAAGGCGCGGGACCCCGUCGGCGACGACUGCCGCGUCGUCAAGGUCGCCACGAACCGGAAGAACCCCUGGCAGCGUCGUGUGCACGACCUCAAGAACACCGCGUCGGCCGCCGCGUCCAACGCCAGCGUCGGCGGGAUCCUCGACAAAGCCUCGGAGCUCGCCCUCAAGGCCGGCGACGGCGUCGGCGGCCUCGUGGACAAGUCGCUGGACGCGGCGGCGAACGUGAGCUCGCGGGCGGGCCGCGUCCUCGACGCCGUCGACGACAUCAUCGACGGCGGCAACAACGACGACGGCUGGGGCGGCGGCGACGACGACAUGUUCUCCGACGACGAGGACGAGCCCGCGCUCGGCGCGGUGCUCAGCCGGCUCCGGCCCGCCGACGACGAGCCCGCGCCGCCGCCGCCGGACACGCUCGCGGCGGCGGCGGCGACGGCCGCGAGCCGCGUCCCCGCGGCGGCGCGCGCCGCGCCGCGAGCCGCGCCCGCGCCGCCGCCGCCCGCGCCCGCGCCGCCGCCGCCCGCCGCGCCGCCCGCGCCGGUGCCCGCGCCCGCGCCCGCGCCGCCGCCGCCGCCCGCGCCGCGCGACGACGCGCUCGAGAAGCGCGCGCGGGAGCUCGAGGCGAAGCUCCCCGAGCUCGAGGCCAGGCUCGCGGCGCGGGACCGCGAGGUCGAGGACCUGCUCGACGACAGACAGCGGAAGCUCGACCAGGCCAAGGAGCUCGUGUCGCGCUACCACGACAUCGAGACGCAGCUCGAGCACGUGCGCGCGCGCGCGGACCGCGGCGACGCGGCCGUCGCGGAGCUCGAGGCCGCCAAGGCCGCCGCGGCCGACGACGUCGCGGCCGCGCGGGCCGAGGCCGCGGCCGCGCGCGACGCCGGCGCGGCCGCGGAGGCGCGCCUCGAGGAGGCCCUGGCGCAGAAGGCGUCGCCGACGUCGUCGCCGCGCGGCGACGACGACGCCAAGGUGACGAAGCUCGUCGAGAAGUACCGCAGGAUGGAGGAGAAGUUCGAGCGCGCCAAGGCGCGCGCGCUCGCCGCCGAGGCCGCGAGCGCCGACGGCGGCGACGCCGCGAACGAGCGGGCGCGCGCGGACGGCCUCGAGGGCGACAACGCGGCGCUCCGCGCGGCCCUCGACGCGGAGCGCGCCGAGGUCGCGCGCCUUGGGGCCGACGCGGGGGCCGUCGCCACCCUCAAGGCGGACCUCGCGGCCGCGGAGGCGGACGCCGACCGCCUCCGGAGUAGCGACGCCGCGAUGCUCUCCGCGCUCCGCGCGGACCUCGAGGCGGCGACCGCCGAGGUCGAGGCCCUGCGGUCCGGCCGCGCGGCCGCCGCCGAGGCCCACGCGGCCGAGGUCGCCGCGCUCGAGGCGGCCGCCGGCGACGACGGCGACGCCGCCGCGCUGGCGGAGGCGCACGACGCCGAGGUCGCCGCGCUCCGCGAGGCCCACGCGGCGCGGGUCGCGGAGCUGGAGGCCGCGCGCGACGCGAGCCGCGGCGAGGCCGAGGAGGCGCGCAAGCUCCGGGCCGCGGCCGAGGCCGCGGGCCGCGACGCGGAGGCGCGGGCCGCGGACGCCGCGGGCGCGCUGGAGGCCGCGCGCGGGGACACGUCCCUGAGCGACGCGCUGCGGGACCGCGAGGCCGUCGGCAACGCGCUCCGCGGCGAGCGCGACGCGGCCGCGGCCAAGGUCGACGAGCUCGAGGCGGCGCUCGCGGACGCGGAGCGCGAGCUGGCGCUCGCGCGCGCCGACGGCGACGCGAGCCGCCGGAGCGCCGACGCCGCCCGCGCCGAGGCCGCGGCGGCGCGCGAGGCCGCGGCGGCGGCGGACGCCGACGCCGAGGACGCGCGGCGGCGCGACAAGGCCCUGGGCAACGAGGCGCUCAAGCGCGUCCAGGAGCAGCUCGACGACGCGCGCGGCGAGCGCGACGCGCUCGCGGCGGCCGCGGCCGCGGGCGAGGAGGGCCUCGAGCGCGUCGCGGCCCUCGAGCGGUCCCUCGCCGCGGCGGCCGAGGCGACGGCGGCGGCCGACGAGGGCCGCGGCGCCGCGGAGGCGCGCGCCGCGGCGCUCGAGCGCGAGUCGGCGGCGGCGGCGUCGAAGGCGGAGACGGCCGCCGCGGCGCGGGACGCCGCGGCCCGCGAGGCCGCCGUCGCGGCCGCCGCGGACGCGCGGCGCGCCGUGGCGGCGGCGGAGGCGGACCGCGACGCGCUCCAGGCGGACGUCGCGGCGCUCCGGCGCGACGCCGAGGCCGAGCGCGCCGCCGCCGCGCGCGACGUCGAGGCCGCGCGCGCCGACGCCGCGAAGGAGCUCGACGCCGCCGAGGCGCGGCGGCGGGCGGCCGAGGGCGAGCUCGCGGCCGCGCGCGCGGAGCUCGCCGACGCGCGCGGGUUGGUCCAGAAGCGCAAGACCGCGGACCUCGACGGCGUCCGCAAGCUCACGGAGCGGCUCCACGAGUACAAGGCGUCGGCCGCCGACGCGGAGGCGCGCGCGGCCAAGGCGCUGGCCCUCGCCGCGACCGUCGUCGAGGAGCGCGACGCCGUCGUCGCCGAGAAGCGCGACUGGUCCGCGAAGCUCGUCGCCGCGGAGCGCGCGCGCGACGACGCGCAGGAGGCCAUGGCCGCCGCGGCGUCGGACGGCGCGAGGCGCGCCGAGGACGCCGAGGCGCGCGCGGACGCGUCCGACGCGCUCCUCGCGGACGCCGAGGCGCGGGAAGGGUCGUCGAAGGCCGCGCUCGAGGCGAGCCUACAGGAGGCGUUGGCGAAGCGCAAGGAGGCCGACGACGCGCUCGCGUCCGAGAAGGCGCGCCGCGUCGCCGAGUCGAACCGCCUCGCCGCGGCCGAGCAGCUCGUCGCCGCGCACGAGGCCGAGGCCGCGCGCCGCCGCAGCGAGCCGCGCGUCCCCUCCGCGGACCUCGAGGGCGGCCAAGCGGACGACGACGACGCGCCCAAGGCCAAGCGGGGCCCGGGGGACGCGCUCUGGUCCGCGCUCCGCGUGCGCUGCCCCGCGGCGCUCCGCGUGCUGGGCAGCGCGCCGCCGUCGCGCCGCAUGGUCAUGGUGCUGGCCUACCUCGCGUACCUCCAGCUCCGCGUGCUCCAGCUCCACGCGUCGCCCGUGGCCCUCGAGCACCACGCCGUCCCCGCGGCGGCGAGGCCCCUGCCGGGGGACGCGUGAGGUAAGGGUUACUUGCG